CCAGGCGGGGGCACUUGAAUUGCGAAUGACUGGUGUGCCGGGCCCCAGGCCGCCGGGUGUGGGCUGGUGUCUGCUUCGUUACCGGGGAGCUGCCGGGGUCGCUGCCGGGAGGGAUCUUGGGGAUCACAGGACCUCUGAAGAGCCGCCAUGUCUGACGAUACUGCAUCUUCCUCAGUACAGAACAAUAGCAGCAAUCAAACCACAGCCUCCAAUCUUCGACGGUCCAAGAAGAUAUGUUCGUGGGCAUCCUACAUGACCAACUCCCCGACGCUAAUUGUUAUGAUUGGCUUGCCAGCCCGGGGCAAGACCUAUGUGUCCAAGAAACUCACACGUUACCUCAACUGGAUUGGAGUGCCCACGAAAGUGUUUAAUCUCGGGGUGUAUCGGCGCGAAGCAGUGAAGUCCUAUAAGUCCUACGACUUUUUCCGGCACGACAACGAGGAGGCCAUGAAGAUUCGCAAACAGUGUGCUGUGGUGGCCCUAGAAGACGUUAAGGCGUAUCUCACCGAGGAGAGCGGGCAGAUUGCGGUGUUUGAUGCCACCAAUACAACUAGGGAGAGGAGGGACAUGAUUUUGAACUUUGCCGAGGAGAAUUCCUUCAAGGUGUUCUUUGUGGAAUCUGUGUGUGAUGAUCCUGAUGUCAUCGCUGCCAACAUCCUGGAAGUGAAGGUGUCCAGCCCUGACUACCCUGAAAGGAACAGGGAGAAUGUGAUGGAGGACUUCCUAAAGAGAAUUGAGUGCUACAAAGUCACCUAUCAGCCCCUUGACCCAGACAACUAUGACAAGGAUCUUUCUUUCAUCAAGGUGAUCAACGUGGGCCAGCGGUUCCUAGUGAACAGAGUCCAGGACUACAUCCAGAGCAAGAUAGUCUACUACCUCAUGAAUAUCCAUGUCUAUCCCCGCACCAUUUACCUUUGCCGGCACGGGGAGAGCGAGUUUAACCUCCUGGGGAAGAUUGGGGGCGACUCUGGCCUCUCGGUGCGGGGCAAACAGUUUGCCCAAGCUCUCAGGAAGUUUCUGGAGGAGCAGGAGAUAGCAGAUCUCAAGGUGUGGACGAGCCAGUUGAAGAGGACUAUCCAGACUGCCGAGUCGCUGGGGGUGACCUAUGAGCAGUGGAAGAUUCUCAAUGAGAUUGACGCUGGCGUGUGCGAGGAGAUGACCUACGCAGAGAUUGAGAAGCAGUACCCAGAGGAGUUCGCACUUCGGGAUCAAGAGAAAUAUCUGUAUCGCUAUCCUAGCGGGGAGUCGUACCAGGACCUGGUGCAGAGGCUGGAGCCUGUCAUCAUGGAGCUGGAGCGCCAGGGCAAUGUCCUCGUCAUCUCCCACCAGGCUGUCAUGCGCUGCCUCCUGGCCUACUUCUUGGAUAAGGGCGCAGAUGAGCUGCCGUACUUGAGGUGCCCGCUCCAUACCAUCUUCAAACUUACUCCCGUGGCCUACGGGUGCAAAGUGGAAACGAUUAAGGUCAACGUGGAGGCUGUGAACACUCACCGAGACAAGCCAGCGGCGAAGACCUCGCUGGCUCUGCCUAGACGCUCCUCUCCGGCCUCCCUCCCAGCGCUCUCCUGAUACGGAAGCUGAGGCCAGACCUCCGUGGGGGAUCGGAUCUGCUGGAAAACUUGGAUGUCAGCACCACCAGAAGUGAAGUGGGGAUUGGACAUCUGGCACCACCAAAACGGGGCCUGGAAAAGCAUCACCACAUUUCCCCCCCUCAUGCCGAAUGGGAAUAUCAGUUACACUGAAAAACCUAACUUUCUUUGUGCCUCCAAAUAUUAACAGCCUGAACCGGUUCAUUUUUUUUUUUUAUGAUCUCUUUGCCAUGUUUGGCCCAAGUUGGCCAAUCUCGCUCUUUUUCGGUGUCUAGCACCCUACCUGUGACUGUCUCUAGCUGGCUACUUUUUGUCUAAGGUGCAAAUACACCUCUCAAAUUUAAUUGUUUCCAGGUGAGAGGGCUGAACCCCAGUAAGUCUUUUCUGUGCUGUGUGAGCUGGUCUCCCAUCCUUUCCAGGUGAGCAGGAUUGGAGUACAAUUUACAUAGGUUAGCAUUCACUUAUUUUCACAUUGGAAACAGACAAGUUCACCAGGUGAAUGGAGGGUAUGUGAGUAAUGCAGUCCCUGAACUGUCUCUCCAUGGUGAUGGGAGAGGUGUCCACAGCAACCUUUUCCUUUAGAGAAGUUGUGCUGGUUCCAGGCCCCUCGAGGGCAGGACCUGACUGCAAGACUCCCCCAAACGGGUGCCUGUCUUCCAGGCUCUCCUCUGUAUCUGCUGUGUUUUCUACCUGAUGCUGCGUGCCUCUCCGGGCUGAAGAGGCCAGUGUUCUCUGUGGUAACUGGGAAUGAGGGUUGAAGAGAAAAGCAGGGUGCCCUUUCCAUCACACGAAGAGGUAAAGAAGGCUCCUUGGGAAUCAACUUUCCCGGGGAGUUCUUUUGAUUUCAAAACAGGUACCCUUCUUUGGGGUUUGUCACCGAGACAUGGUCUCUGAAGAAAGCUGUGGCUGUGACUUUAAGAGCAGCUGGUGUUCUGACGCCUGCCUCUUAGCUAGUUGUUUCUGUUUUAGAGGUGCAGGGGAACCAAGCCCUUAGCUGGUUUCCCUUAAAGAUAAGCCAGAUAAUUAUCCCCUAGGUCAGUGAUGAUGAGAUAUGCAAACAUGUUUCUGUAGGUAUUCAUGUCACUCCCUGAAGGAGGAUGAUAGCUCCAAAGGAUAUUAUUAUAUCUUACACUCAAAAUCAUUGCUUUUUUUCCUUUUCUUUCAAGAAUGGUAAGUUUUUAAGCUUUUAUAUUUUUUAUUCCUUUUCACUCAGAUGCCCACUUGCUGGGCAAGAGGGUGCGUAGCCAGAAAAGUAAUGAAAUGUAGCUUUUUUCAAAUGGUUCUUUUAUACUGUGGUUGAUACGGGGCUGCUACCGAAGACGCGAUGAGCUGGGCUGCAGGCAGUUCAGCAUCCAGCACCCGGGAGCUGCUUUUAUAUGCACGAAGCUGCCUUCAGAGCGGCUCCUGACUCUGCUCUGUAGCAGGUGAUUUUCAUCUCGCUGCCUGGAGCGUGCUCUACUGUACUGGCUGUGUUCUUGGAAUGCAGGCAUCUCUGCAUCUAUCUACACUGUCUUUAGAUGACCAGAUAAUUUGUUAUUUAGUUAUUUAUUCAUCCAUGUAAGGUAUUUUUUCAAGUCUCCAUAGUAGUGUUUGCAUGUAUUUAAUCAGAAUGUACGGUCAUUUGUGUUGUCAUUUUUUUUUUUUUUUUGGUAGAAAUUGAGGUCGUUGGAGCAUUCAAGUCUAUUGUUCAUAGUAUUACCUUAAAUUAAAUUUCCAGAAUGUAGAUAUAUGUCUUCUGUAAAAGGCUAAUAACUAUGUUAAAGCACGGCGGAUUUCUUUGAAUACUGUUUUGCUCAUAAAUUUUUAUCUAUAAAUCAAGAGAUGCAUUUCUCUGCACAAAAGUUGAUCUCCUCGAUCAAUAAAAUCAUGCUGAAAUAUGUAA